CUCCGUCUGUCAGUGCAUGCUUACUUCCAACAAUCUCCAGUGACCUCGAGUGUAGUAUUGUAGCCAAGAACACCACCCCGCCCCCACCCACAAAACUUUUUGACAUCACCAAACCGUUAGCUCCCUCCCUAUGUCAUUUCUCCCGACCUCCUUUGCUCCGGAAGGCCAGCCCAGCAUGUCGCUCACCCACCGCAUCACCCUCAAAGACCUCAACGAAGAGCCUGAAGACAUCCUCGCCUACGCAUUUGGCACCAUCUUCCCCGAAGACGUCGCCAUUCUACACGGCGACGCCGACCAGCCGCUCCUCUACACAUCGCCACACCUCCCGCUCCCCUUCGUCAUCGACCUACCCAAUGUCUCCUCCGAGGACGACCGUCGCCUCUUCUCGCACCACCUCUGGAACUCAUCCCUCCUGCUCGCCGAGUUCAUAGAAGCAGACACCCUGUGCCUCCCUCUAACCCCACCACGCCGCAACACCGACAUAGUCCACUUCUCCAUCACCAACCUCAAAACACUCGAGAUUGGCGCCGGCACCGCGCUGCCCAGCAUCAUGAGCACGCUGCUCGGCGCGCGCGAGGUCGUCGUGACGGAUUACCCGUCCGCGCCGCUCCUCACGACACUGCGGACCAAUGUUGCGCGCAACACGCGGGCCGAGUGUGCUCCCUCGCCGACUUCGGCGACCGUCAUUGUCGAGGGCCACUCGUGGGGUGAAGUGGGCGACAGCGUGGGCGUUGCGCAUGGGCGAUCGUGUGAUCGUGUGAUUGCGGCGGAUUGUCUGUGGAUGCCUUGGCAGCAUGAGAAUCUGCGGACGACGUUGGCGCAUUUCCUGAACGAUAGUGAGGGCGCGCGCGCGUGGGUAUGUGCUGGGUUUCAUACGGGCCGGGAGAAUGUGCGCAAGUUCUUUGAUAAGGAGGCGCUGAGGGCCAAGGGGCUUGAGAUCGAGGCGAUUUGGGAGCGGGACUGUGAUGGCAAGGAGCGCGAUUGGGAUAGUGUCAUGGAGGAUGAUGUGACAAAGCGCAAGAGAUGGCAUGUAGUGGGGAUCCUGAAGAAGAUUCGCGGCGAGUGAAGAAGGUUUUGAAGAGAUGGGAAUAUAGAUGGAGCAUUUGCUGGCGUCAUACUUGGGGUAUG